UCAAAUACAGGGUAAUGGAGAAUAAGUGUCGAGUUUGCCUGGCAAACUCCAAAAACAUGGUGAACAUUUUCGAGGAAAGGCGGGAUCUUCCAGCUUCAAUAGCCCAUAUGAUAUUCACAUGCACCGGCUUCAAAGUUGAAAAAGGUGACUCAUUCCCGCACUCAAUUUGCCCACCUUGUGUGAAGGAUGCCCACAAUGCGUUUGCGAUCAUAAAAACUUACGAACGCAGCUACCAGGUCUUCUAUGAAGCCCAUGACACGGUUCUCGAGGAGGAACUCUCUGAGGAUAUCAUCGAGCUAUCAGACUCCGACGAUGCAAUACUCAUCGAUGAACAGGAGGAGAAACUCCAUUUGAGUGAAAACAAGGCACCUACGAAUGAAGUCAGUUUCCAGGAAGAAUCUAAAACUGCUCACUCCGAGGAAGUUUCCGAUGAUAAGCGUAACGUCUGCACACAGUGCGACAUGUCCUUUCGUAGACCUGGUCUCUUAGGGCUACACAUACGGCGACACCACACGACGGAUGACACUACCAGCACGAACGCGGUCAAAGGAGAGUUAAGGAAGAAAGCCAGGCAGCUUUCAAAGAAUUCCUCGUACACCUGCUGCCUAUGCAACAAGACCUUCUGCAGCAUAUCAAACUGUCGCCGCCACCAAAAGACCCACACGGGGGAAAAACCCUUUGCCUGCGAACUGUGCCAAAAGCCAUUUGUGGAUACUGCCUCCGUCAAAAGACAUCUGAGGACUCACACGGGCGAAAGACCCUUCAAGUGCCUUACCUGCCAGUCGGCCUUCUCGGGUGCAUCUGCUCUAAGGCAGCACAUUCUAAUUCACACGGGAGAAAAGCCGCACAAGUGCGAUAUGUGCGAUAAGUUCUUCCGGGCUCGGUCAGAUCUUCGAAAGCACAUGUGGAGCCACACCGGAGAAAAGCCAUUUAAGUGUUCCCAAUGCGAGCGGUGUUUCCGCCACCAAAAAAGUGUGCGUAAGCAUGUGAUGCUUUGCCAUAAGGACGAGGUCGAGAACGCGGCUACAUCUUAAGCUUCAUUUAGUUUAAACAUUUAAAACACUUAAACAACGCUCAAUAAAAAUGAAUCCCGGUCUGGGCUAUAUUUCAAAAA